CGCGCAUGCGCCAACACGGUGCGUACGGAAGAGCUGCAGCAACAUGUUAAACGGUGUAAACUGAAAUGUUCAAACACGUUUUUCUGACAGGACCUCCAGGUGUGGGAAAAACCACUCUGGUGCAGAAAGCCUGUGAGGCUUUAGUGUCAUCAGGAGUGGGAGUUGAAGGGUUUUACACAGAGGAGGUCAGGGAGGGAGGCCGAAGAGUCGGCUUUGAUGUAGUCACAGUGGCAGGAGAGCGGGGCCAGCUGUCAAGAAUCAGAGACUUUGCCGGAUCGUCUCAUGGCAGACGGGAAUACACAGUUGGGCAGUAUGUGGUUGACUUGCCCUCAUUUGAAAACCUAGCUCUCCCCCUCUUCAGAAACGAAGGGGCAGCAGAUGGGGGCAGCAGGAAGGUGUUCGUCAUUGACGAGGUUGGCAAAAUGGAGCUCUUCAGCCAGUCGUUCAUCAGGGCAGUGAGACAGACUUUAGAUAGCUCCUCCUGCACCAUCCUGGGCACCAUCCCCAUCCCCAAAGGUAAACCACUGGGUCUUGUGGAAGAGGUGCGGAGCAGGAGAGAUGUCAAGGUCUUCACUGUGUCUAAGGAAAACAGAAAUGCCAUUCUACAGGACCUUAUAGCAACGGUACAAAACUGUCUCCAACAUACAACCUAAUAUGGAGAUUCAGAGGCACUGGAGGGGAAAGAUGCUGCACUUCUGCAUUUUUAUUGUGCUGACAACUACUUUUAUUUGUGCAUUGCAUGUGAAGUACACACAUCAAGGCUGUUGAGUGGAUCUACACACGCUCCAUAACAGGGUUCUGACCUAACCUGAGGGCCACACAGAGCUGCUGGGAGAGUUAGUGUGUCACAUGCAUGUAUUUAUGUACACAAUUAAUUUUGUCUUUGCUCCUACGGCCUCAAAAUGGAUUGCAUGCUGAAUAAUUGAUCGUGAGAUGGAACACAGCGGGGGAAUUGCUCAGUUAUUGUGUAAAUAUCCCAAAGACUGCCAGUCCUCAAAACUGCUCUGUUCAGUGUGUAAUAUUCAUUUGUUCACAAGGACAAGUGGUGCAAUUUAUUUUUAUAUAAAGGGGCAAAAAAGGCAGUGCCCCUAUUUAUUAAUUCAGCUCUUAGCUGUGUGAACCACACCUUGUGUUUGUCUCGUCAACCUGAGGAUGCACUCAUUGAAAAUCAAUCAAUAUUUAACAGUGCAACUAUGUUCAAUCCUUUCAUGGUUGAAGAAAAAUAAACAGGCAUUUCUUUCAACAAUGA